CUGGCCGCGCGAGGCAUGGAAUGUUGGAGGAGAUAGCAUACCACUGUCAGCGAACGACGUGGGCAAUGGUGCGAGGGGAAGAUGACGAAUGAGGAGGGAAGAAGAGUGGACAGCAUCGUAGCAGUUCGACGGAAUGAAGAGGGCCUGCGUGUCGAGGCUUCACCUGCGAUGGGUGCGCCGUCCUGCGCCUUCGACGUGCACCUCGUCCAUACUCGUUCGCCAAAACGAGGACGACGAUGAUGGGCAGGUGGAACUAGUCUUCUGCGCCACCAUCAGCGUCAGCCACACUUGCCAGCACACGCCGCCACGCCACGCCAGCCACCCUCCCAUCAGCGAUCUCGCCAUCCUCCAUCUUGCCACUCGCUGCACCAUCUCUCUCUUCAGACACUGACCCUUUCCCUACCUCUCGCUCUAACAGCUCAACAAACAAUCCAAAAUGGGAAAGGUCCACGGAUCCCUCGCGCGUGCCGGUAAGGUCAAGUCGCAGACCCCCAAGGUCGAGAAGCAAGAGAAGGCAAAGGUCCCUCGCGGCAGGGCAAAGAAGAGGCUCUUGUACAACCGCCGCUUCGUCAACGUCGUCGCCGGCCCCGGUGGCAAGAGGAGGAUGAACCCCAACAACUAAGCGUCCACCCUCUCACGAGGAGGAGCGCACGCACGCACGCACGCACGCAUCGU